UCAUCCAGACAUACAGCUAGAGAAGCAGCUGGUCAUGGGGAAUUGCCUGAUCAAAGUACGAUCCAAUAUGCCAACUCUUGAGAAUCCAACUGAACCUGCAAUGUCAGGUAAGACUAAAGGCCCAGCUUCCUCUAUAGGUCUUCUGAAUUCUUGAUUUUGUUAACCCAAUCUGAAAGAAUCCUCCACCCAGCCUGAAUGCUGAUUGCAACUAUUAAAAACCAUUCUUAUUUUUUCAGACAAUAACAGGCCCAUGGUGGUAUCCCUCUAUAACUACCCCUCCCAAGGUCCCUUGGAGUCCAGAAUCCACAUAGGGGAGAGGCUCACUGUGUUAUUAGAGUAAGUGACAUACAUACAUGCAUGGAGCUGUACAUGCAGUAUAUGUGGUAGUUUGGUUGAAAGCACUGAUCUCUUUAUUUGCAGCGAUGGGGAUUUUUGGAUGGUGCGAUCCACAACAACAGGCAAUGAGAGUUAUAUCCCCAGCAACUACACUGCCAAAGUAAUUAACAGGUAAGAUAACUACUACUUAGUCUCACUUUUUAUUUCUGACUGUCACAGCUGUUUACAAUGAGUUGAUGUCAUGAGAGGGUGGGUAUUGGAAUUCAUCAAUAGGGAAGAGAGAGAGGUGGGGACUCCACUUAAAGGUGGGAGCUUCUGUGUACGAUCUUAGAAAAAAUGAUUCCAAAAGGGUUCCUAGGCUGUCCCCAUGCACUGUCAAAAUAAUAAUAAAAAAUAAAUAAUCGUAUAUAUAUAAAAUAAACACUACUCUAGUUGUUUCAACUAAUUAUUAUUAAGUAACUGGUUCCAAAGCCUUUUUUUUUUACUCAACUUUUCGGUCAAAGUGUUACCUGAAUUUUAAAAAAAUUGUUGGCCCAAAAUUAGCUCCAAGCCUCCAACAACAGUCAACUUAAAUUGAUGUGUUUGCUCAAUUUGUGUCCUAUGUUCAUUCAACUCGAAAUUAUUAUUUUUGGCAUCUUACCUAAAAAAGGCUGUUGAACUAGUCACACAUACAGUGCUUUUAACAUGCAAUGUUUUCAACUUACGUAUUUGACACACCUUGACAUACAUGAUUACAUUUGUGCACGUUCAUUUAUACAGUAAUUAUUAUUCAAUCUUCCUGCUACCCCACCAUGUCUGUGUCAAUUAUCAGUUAAUCUGACUAUUCUCUCAUCAUUAACUUAUUUAAUUGUAGGUUUUUCUGUAUAGUAGUCUAAUGUUGGUAGGGCAUAUUACUCUGUUUUAAUGUUACUCCUUAAACACUAUGAUAAAUCGUUUUUCUUGAGUGUACUUUUAACAGAGCUCAGAUUUACUUUGAAGUGCAAAGUGUAGCAGUAGCAGGAAGAUUGGAAUGCUGUGAACCAAGAAGUUCAAAUCCCAGAUGAGGUCAUGUUGAAUACCAAUUACUGUGUAUAUGAACAUGCACAAUGUAAUCAUGUACUGUACGUCAACAUGUGUCAAAUAUGUAAGUUGAAAACAUUGUAUGUUAAAAGCACUGUGUGUGUGUGUGUGUGUGUGUGUGUGUGUGUGUGUGUGUGUGUGUGUGACUAGUUUUACAGCCUUUUUUUUUGGUAAAAUGCCAAAAUAAUAAUUUCGAGUUGAUUGAACAUAUGAGAAAAAUUGAGCAAACACAUCAUUUUAUGUUGACUGAAUGUUUUCCAAUGUUUUCUCAUGUUGGAGCUAAGUUUGGGCCAACUAAAAAUGUUAAAUUCAGGUAACACUUGAAUUGAACCGAAAAGUUGAGUAAACAAAAAAAAGAGCCGGUGGAAGCAGUUACUUAAUAAUAUUUAGUUGAAACAACUAGAUUUUAUUUUAUUUGAUUUUUUACAGUGCAGCAGAACCCUUUUUGGUUCCAGGUAGAACCAUUUUGGGUUCCAGGUAGAACUGUUUGGGGUUUCAUGUAGAACCCUCUGUGGAAAGGGUUCUACAUUGAAUCCAAAAGGGUUCUACCUGGAACCAAAAUGAUUCUUCCUUGUCCUGGAACCAAAAAGGGUUCUUCAAAGGGUUCUGCUAUGGGGACAGCCGAAUAAUCUUUUUUUUCUAAGAGCGUAGGUGAACUGUGACUCUCUAGUGUCUGUAGACAGAGUUCUGGAACAAUGCUUUUUUUCUCUCGCUCUGAAUGACAUCAUCAUCAAUGUCCUAAUUAUUUACAUUUUACAUUUACAUAAUUUAGCAGACGCUCUUAUCCAGAGCGACUUACAAAUUGGUGCAUUCAACUUAUGAUAGCCAGUGGGACAACCACUUUUUUUUUGAAGGGGGGCACUAUUAUGACACUACUCCCUCAGUGGGGGAUGAUGGCAGUUGUAGUUUCAGUUGAGUUUCCUAACAGGGCGGAGAAGUGUGAACAAUGUAAUGUACACACUAAAAACAAAUGGUUCUAUGUUGUGCCAAAUAAGGGUUAUUUGGCUUGUAACCCUUUUUAAUGGUUCUUUAUAGAACCUUUAUGGAGAAUGGUUUUAUAAAGAACCUUUCUCAAUCUCAAAGGCUCUUUGUAGAUCAUUUUGAAGAACCAGAUCGGGUUUUUUAUUCUGUUUAGCCAAAUUAUUUUGUUAAAAAUCCAUAGGUGUUAUUAUUGUGAUAACUUACAAGUUGAAUCAGGUGUGCUAGGUCUGGAACAGCUGGGGUUCCCUGGGGUGAGGAUUGAGAACCACUGAAGUAGUCAACCGUUUUCAAUUGACACAAGGCCAUACGGCCAUAAGUCUUUCACAAGACUCCGUCACUGGCCAUAGUCAUGUAUAACGUGUAAUGGCAUAACACAACAGAUUAGAUCAACUGGAAUGACACACACACGGUUGCACAAAGAAAGCUGUGAGCAAACCACUCCUCAAAAUAUUGUAAUGAGCCACCGCCUCUUUCAUUUUAAUUAUCACUAAAAGAGCAAAGAACCAUUGAAGGGCUCAAAAGAGGGUUCCUCAAGGGUUCUUUGAGUCAUUAUGGUUCCACAUAGCACCAUCACCCUUCCCAAAGAACCCUUGAGGAACCCUCUUUUCUUAGUGUGUAGGCCUACUACCUUAGCAAAUUAUGUAACUACUGUAGUUUCCCAGUAGUGGGAGUUUCAUUGUAUAUACUUCUUCUUCUGAUAGUCAAUAUUUUAACUUUCUCCUCCCGCUCUAAUCAGGUGGCAGUAUAUUGGCAUCAGCAGGUUGAAGGCAGAGGAGCUGCUGCUGCUGCCACACAAUCACACAGGGGCUUUCCUGAUCCGAGAGAGUCAGACAAACACAGGUUAGGCCAUGUUCAGGGCUUAAAGCUCGUUUCAUUAAAUUCAUUUUAGUGAAUGUUUCUUACAAAUGUUAACAUGAGUUGUCUAAAAAAAGUUUGUUAUAAGCACAACAAUUUUUUAUUUAUUUAUUUUAUUUCACCUUUAUUUAACCAGGUAAGCCAGUUGAGAACAAGUUCUCAUUUACAACUGCGACCUGGCCAAGAUAAAGCAAAGCAGUGCGGGAAAAACAACAACAACACAGAGUUACAUAUGGAAUAAACAAAACGUACAGUCAAUAACACAAUAGAAAAUCUAUAUACAGUGUGUGCAAAUGUAGUAAGUUAUGGAGGUAAGGCAAUAAAUAGGCCAUAGUGCAAAAUAAUUACAAUUAUAAUUUAGUAUUAACACUGGAGUUAUAGAUGUGCAGAAGAUGAUGUGCAAAUAGAGAUACUGGGGUGCAAAUGAGCAAAAUAAAUAACAAUAUGGGGAUGAGGUAGUUGGGUGGGCUAAUUACAGAUGGGCUGUGUACAGGUGCAGUGAUCGGUAAGCUGCUCUGACAACUGAUGCUUAAAGAUAGUGAGGGAGAUAAGUGCAGUUCGUUCCAGUUAUUUGCAGCAGAGAACUGGAAGGAAUGGCGACCAAAGGAGGUGUUGGCUUUGGGGAUGACCAGUGACAUAUACCUGCUGGAACGCAUACUACAGGUGGGUGUUGCUAUGGUGACCAAUGAGCUAAGAUAAGGCGGGGAUUUGCCUAGAAGGGAUUUAUAGAGGACCUGGAGCCAGUGGGUUUGGUGACGAAUAUGUAGUGAGGGCCAGCCAACGAGAGCGUAUAGGUCACAAUGGUGGGUAGUAUAUGGGGCUUUGGUGACAAAACGGAUGGCACUGUGAUAGAUUACAUCCAAAUUGCUGAGUAGAGUGUUGGAAGCUAUUUUGUAAAUGACAUCGCCGAAGUCAAGGAUUGGUAGGAUAGUCCGUUUUGGAUUGGAGAUGCUUAAUGUGAGUCUGGAAGGAAAGUUUACAGUCUAACCAGACACCUAGGUAUUUGUAGUUGUCCACAUAUUCUAAGUCAGAGCCGCCGAGAGUAGUGAUUCUAGUCGGGCAGGCGGGUGCAAGCAGUGUUCGAUUGAAGAGCAUGCAUUUAGUUUUACUAGCGUUUAAGAGCAGUUGUAGGCCACGGAAGGAGUGUUGUAUGGCAUUGAAGCUCGUUUGGAGGUUUGUUAACACAGUGUUCAAUGAAGGGCCAGAUGUAUACAAAAUGGUGUCGUCUGCGUAGAGGUGGAUCUGAGAGUCACCAGCAGCAAGAGCGACAUCAUUGAUAUACACAGAGAAUAGAUUCGGCCCGAGAAUUGAACCCUGUGGCACCCCCAUAGAGACUGCCAGAGGUCCAGACAACAGGCCUUCCGAUUUGACACAUUGAACUCUAUCUGAGAAGUAGUUGGUGAACCAGGCGAGGCAGUCAUUUUAGAAACCAAGGCUAUUUAGUCUGCCAAUAAGAAUGCGGUGAUUGACAGAGUCAAAAGCCUUGGCCAGGUCAAUGAAGACGGCUGCACAGUACUGUCUUAUCGAUCGCGGUUAUUAUAUCGUUUAGGACCUUGAGCAUGGCUGAGGUACACCCAUGACCAGCUCGGAAACCAGAUUGCAUAGCGGAGAAGGUACGGUGGGAUUCGAAAGGCAGGGCAGGAUGGAUAUAGGUCUGUAACAGUUUGGAUCUAGAGUGUCACCCCCUUUGAAGAGGGGGAUGACCGCGGCAGCUUUCCAAUCUCUGGAGAUCUCAGACGACACGAAAGAGAGGUUGAACAGGCUGGUGAUAGGGGUUGCGACAAUUUCAGCGGCUAGUUUUAGAAAGAAAGGGUCCAGAUUGUCUAGCCCAGCUGAUUAGUAGGGGUCCAGAUUUUGCAGCUCUUUCAGAACAUCAGCUAUCUGAAUUUGGGUGAAGGAGAAGCGGGGGGGCAUGGGCAAGUUGCAGUGGAGGGUGCAGAGCUGGUGGCCGGGGUAGGGGUAGCCAGGUGGAAAGCAUGGCCGUAGCAAAAUGCUUGUUGAAAUUUUUGAUUAUCGUAGAUUUAUCGGUAGUGACAGUGUUUCCUAGCCUCAGUGCAGUGGGCAGCUGGGAAGAGGUGCUCUUAUUCUCCAUGGACUUUACAGUGUCCCAAAACUUUUUGGAGUUAGUGCUACAGGAUGCACAUUUCUGUUUGAAAAAGUUAGCCUUUGCUUUCCUAACUGAUUGUGUAUAUUGGUUCCUGACUUCCCUGAAAAGUUGCAUAUCGCGGGGGCUGUUCGAUGCUAAUGCAGUACGCCAAGUCUGGGGUGAACCAGGGGCUAUAUCUGUUCUUAGUUCUGAAUUUUUUGAAUGGGGCAUGCUUAUUUAAGAUGGAGAGGAAAGCACUUUUAAAGAACAACCAGGCAUCCUCUACUGAUGGAAUGAGGUCACUAUCCUUCCAGGAUACCCGGGCCAGGUCAAUUAGAAAGGCCUGCUCGCUGAAGUGUUUUAGGGAGCGUUUGACAGUGAUGAGGGGUGGUCGUUUGACCGUGGAUCCAUUACGGACGCAGGCAAUGAGGCAGUGAUCGCUGAGAUCCUGGUUGAAGACAGCGGAGGUGUAUUUAGAGGGUAAAUUAGUCAGGAUUAUAUCUAUGAGGGUGCCCAUGUGAACGGAUUUAGGGUUGUACCUGGUAGGUUCCUUGAUAAUUUGUGUGAGAUUGAGGGCAUCUAGUUUAGAUUGUAGGACGGCCGGGGUGUUAAGCAUAUCCCAGUUUAGGUCACCAAGCAAUAUGAACUCUGAGGAUAGAUGGGGGGCAAUCAAUUCACAUAUGGUGUUCAGGGCACAGCUGUCUGUAGCAAGCAGCAACAGUGAGAGACUUAUUUCUGGAAAGGUGGAUUUUUUGAAGUAGAAGCUCAAACUGUUUGGGCACAGACCUGGAUAGUAUGAUAGAUCUCUACAGUAGAUUGCAACUCCGCCCCCUUUGGCAGUUCUAUCUAGACGGAAAAUGUUGUAGUUGGGAAUGGGCAUUUCAGAAUCUUUGGUGGCCUUCCUAAGCCAGGAUUCAGACACUGCUAGAACAUCAGGGUUGGCUGAGUGUGCUAACGCAGUGAAUAACUCAAAUUUAGGUAGGAGGCUUCUGAUGUUAACAUGCAAGAAACCAAGGCCUUUGCGAUUACAGAAGUCAAGAAAUGAUAGCGCCUGGGGUGCAGGAGUGAUACUGGGGGCUACAGGGCCUGGGUUAACCUCUACAUCACCAGAGGAACAGAGGAGGAGUAGAAUAAGGAUACGGCUAAAGGCUUUAAGAACUGGUCUUCUAGUGCGUUGGGUACAGAGAAAAAAAAAGGCAGAUUUCCGGGCGUUGUAGAAAAGAUUCAGGGCAUUAUGUACAGACAAGGAUAUGGAAGGAUAUGAGUACAGUGGAGGUAAACCUAAGCGUUGGGUAAAGAUGAAAGAGAUAGCAUCACUGGAGGCACCGAUUGAGCCGGUCUCCGCGUGUGUGGGGGGUGGGACAAAGGAUCUAUCUGAGACAGGUUGAGCAGGACUGGGGGCUCUACAUUGAAAAAGUACAGUUAGAACUAACCGAAACAGCAAUAGGCAAGGCAUAUUGACAUGGGAGAUAGGCAUAAAGCAGUCACAGGUGUUAUUCGAGAGAGCUAAGACAACAGCUGGUAAUGGCGAUGAAAGUUUGAGCUGAGGCUAAACAGAUCAACAGGAUGGGGUACAGUAUAAAGGAACAGUCCAGCAGGCAUCAGCUGUGUAGCUGAGUGAUCAUAAGGUCCAAUGAACAGCAAUAAGUAAGUCCGGGAGCAGUUCAGUGGCUGCUACGCUACAGGCGAGCUGGAGGCACGGCUGUUGAUUGCGUGUGCUAGCGGGCCGGAGCUAGCAGAUGGAUCUUCGUGGUCGUCGCAACGGGAAGCCUGUUGAAACCACAUCAGACAAUUACGUUGGCAGACCAGUCGUGAUGGAUCGGCGGGGCUCCGUGUCAACACUAGGAAGUCCCGUCCGGUUGACAGAGAGGUCGAUAGCCGGGAGAUGGGCCUGGCUGGAGGCUAGCUCAAGGCUAACUGGGGUUAGCUUCAGGACAGUGUUGAUUAGCCAACAACGACAACAGCCAUUCGGUUGCAGCUAGCUAGUUGCGAUGAUCCGGUGUUAAGGUCCAGUGAUUCAGUGAUUCCGGCAGAAAAUCCGAUAUGCUCUGGCUCGAUAGCGCGAUGUGCAGACUGGCCGAUAAUUGUCCAGGCUAGAGCUGGCUGGUAGGUACUGCAGGCCAUGGCCACGGACAAUGGUGAAGACCGCUAAUGGUGGCUAAUAGCAAGUAGCUAGUUAGCUGGCUAGCUGGCUAGUUUCAGCCAGAGGUUCUGGAUAAAAAUGUAUGAAGAAAUCAUAGAAUCCGUUCCACAUUGGGUGAGGCGGGUUGCAGGAAAGUAUAUUUAGUUAAAAGAUGGAAAGUGAGAUUGAGAAAUAUAUACGAAAAAGACAAAAAAUAAAAAAACAGGCUAUUUACAUGAGGACACUAAAGAAAACACGACCGCACUGCUACGCCAUCUUGGAUCUAGCCUAGGACUUGUGUGCACUGUUUCAUCACUGUUACGUGUCAAGAGUCCGGUGUUAUUUUUACUCACAGAAACCUACUCGCUCUCAAUCCUUGUGACAAUGGACUCAUAUCUGGCCACAGUGAAACACUACCGCAUCUGUAGCCUCCAAAAUGGCUGGUUCUACAUCUCCCCUAGCCUCACCUUCUACUCCCUGGGCCAAUUGGUGGAACACUACUCUGGUGGGUGCAAGCCCAUCAAUGGGCUCAAAUGCAUUAUUAUUAAAUACGGUACCAGUCAAAAGUUUGGACACACCUAUUCAUUCAAGGGUUUUUCUUUAUUUGUACUAUUUUCUACAUUGUAGAAUAGUGAACACAUCAAAACUAUGAAAUAACACAUAUGGAAUCAUGUAUUAACCAAACAAAUCAAAAUAUAUUUUAUCUUUGAGAUUCUUCAAAGUAGCCACCCUUUGCCUUGAUGACAGCUUUGCACUCUCUUGGCAUUCUCUCAACCAGCUUCAUGAGGUAGUCACCUGGAAUGCAUUUCAAUUAACAGGUGUGCCUUGUUAAAAGUUAAUUUGUGGAAUUUCUUUCCUUCUUAAUGCGUUUGAGCCAAUCAGUUGUGUUGUGACAAGGUAGGGUUGGUAUACAGAAGAUAGCCCUAUUUGGUAAAAGACCAAGUCCAUAUUAUGGCAAGAACAGCUCAAAUAAGCAAAGAGAAACGACAGUCCAUCAUUACUUUAAGACAUGAAGGUCAGUCAAUACGGAAAAUGUCAAGAACUUUUAAAGUUUCUUCAAGUGCAGUCGCAAAAACCAUCAAGCGCUAUGAUGAAACUGGCUCUCAUGAGGACCGCCACAGGAAAGGAAGACCCAGAGUUACCUCUGCUGCAGAGGAUAAGUUCAUUAGAGUUAACUGCACCUCAGAUUGCAGCCCAAAUAAAUGCUUCACAGAGUUCAAGUAACAGACACAUCUCAACAUCAACUGUUCAGAGGAGACUGUGUGAAUCAGGCCUUCAUGGUCGAAUUGCUGCAAAGAAACCACUACUAAAGGACACCAAUAAGAAGAAGAGACAUGCUUGGGCCAAGAAACACAAGCAAUGGGCAUUAGACCGGUGGAAAUCUAUCCUUUGGUCUGAUGAGUCCAAAUGUGAGAUUUUUGGUUCCAACCGCCGUGUCUUUGUGAGAUGCAGAGUAGGUGAACCGAUGAAAAUGUAUGCACUCACUAACUGUAAGUCGCUCUGGAUAAGAGGAGGAGGUGUGAUGUGUGAGGUGCUUUGCUGGUGACACUGUCAGUGAUUUAUUUAUUUAGAAUUCAAGGGACACUUAACCAGCAUGGAUACCACAGCAUUCUGCAGCGAUACGCCAGCCCAUCUGGUUUGUGCUUAGUGGGACUAUCAUUUGUUUUUCAACAGGACAAUGACCCAAAACACACCCCCAGGCUGUGUAAGGGCUAUUUGACCAAGGAGAGUGAUGGAGUGCUGCAUCAGAUGACCUGACCUCCACAAUCACCUGACCUUAACCCAAUUGAGAUGGUUUGGGAUGAGUUGGACCGCAGAGUGAAGGAAAAGCAGCCAACAAGUGCUAAGCAUAUGUAGGAACUCCUUCAAGGCUGUUGGAAAAGCAUUCCUCAUGAAGUUGGUUGAGAGAAUGCCAAAGGUGUGCAAAGCUGUCAUCAAGGCAAAGGGUGGCUUUUUGAAGAAUCUCAAAUAUAUUUUGAUUUGUUUAACACUUGUUUGGUUAUUACAUGAUUCCAUAUGUGUUAUUUCAUAGUUUUGAUGUCUUCACUAUUAUUCUGCAAUGUAGAACAUAGUAAAAAUAAAGAAAACCACUUGAAUGAGUAGGUGUGUCCAAACUUUUGACUGGUACUGUAUAUACUUUUUAAAUAUUUUUUUUUACUAUGUCAAUAUGGCCCUAAACUGGUGGAAGUUGUGAAUAAAGUCAAUAGUUGGAAGAGUUGCAGAGUGAAUUGAAAAUAAUGCCAUUGUUGAUUAGAUGCUUUUUUCAUUAAUUAAGCAAUUUUCUCUUGAACCAUAUAGUCUAUCCACUAGAAAUUCAUUGACAAUAUAGACACAGAUAUAAAAAUAUAUACUAUAUAUAUAAAUAAAAUGUUUAAGUUAUUCAAGUAUAAAUUACUAAAGUUACCAUAGAUUGCCAUAGAUUAACUGUUAAUAACCAAAAUCACAAAGGAUUCCAGUAACUUUGGUAAAUUACCGGUAGCGUUGCAACCCUACUGGUGACUGAGGUCACUUACAAAUAAAAAUGGCCAAUCAUAAUGAGUUGUUUGGCUAGAGAAUGUUUUAAACAUUUGGAAACAUGUCUAUCUACAGAGUCAGCAGAUGGGUUGUGCUGUUUACUGAGGGAGCCUUGCAUCAUCCAAGGCUCAAACAAUACUACCAUGACCACCAGAUCCUAUCCCAAAGCUAUAAGGAGGCCCACACUCAACUGGAAUGAUGUAGACAGGUGGGGCACAUUCCUAAAUCUUCCAUCUACCAUAUUUUGUGUCCAAAGUGACCUACACACUAUUUAUUUCACUGUUUGUCAACAUGACAUGAAAUGUGAUGCUAUAGCUAUGCAAUCAAUUGCAUUGUGUGUACACAUUGUAAGAUGAUGCAUUCUGGUGGUAGUUAAAGUAUAUCACAUUCCAUAUGCCUCUGUCUUUCCAGUUCAAUGAUCUUCAGUAAGGCCAGCGUGGAUUCAGAGGACUCUCUAGUGAGUGAGGGGCUGAGGGAGGCCAUCAGCUCAUACCUCUACAUGACAGAGGUCAGCUGCCAGAACUGUGGCAAACACUGGGAUUCA